CCCAAAACCAAACCCCACAACCAAACCACACUUUCAUUUUCAACACUUCCUCCUCUUACCCUCUUUCUCUUCUACCACCAUGGAUGCUCUCAACUUCUUAAAAUUCUGGCGUAGCGCCACCGUAACAACCACCACCACCUCCACCUCCACCUCCACCGUAGCUCCUCAUCUUGUUGUCGAAACAGACAGUGAGUCCGACGAAGAAGACUCGUUCUUCGACUUGGAGCUCACGGUACGUGAUUACGACAACAAAGAAAACAACAACAACAACAAAAGUCUCUGUUCCAAUGUAUCUGAUUUCUCAACGAAAACGACAACACUUCCUCUUUCUCCAAAGGAACAACCAAUCUCUAAGAGAAAAGUGCUUCCAAUGGAACCCAUUUCCAAGCCUCAAUCUCCCAUUUCAAUCCUCAGAUCAGCUCCAAGCUUCAGAAUCUCCAUGUUCAGAAGGGGCAAGCGAAUGCAGAAAACAGAGGAACCAACCAAAACAGAGUGUGAAACAAUGAAGGACCAGAAGAAAGAAACCAGAGUCUUCGCGGUGAAACUGAACAUGAACAUGGAAGAUUUCAAUUACUCUCCAGCUCUUAGCAGAGAUAACAGCACGAGAAGCUUCGGGAGCAAGGUUCGGAGUUUUCAGAGCUCUGAAGAACAGAAACCAGAGCGGUUUUCGAAGGAGGUGUUGCAGAAGUAUCUAAAGCUGAUUAAGCCAUUGUAUGUGAAAGUCUCCAAGAGGUACACUGACAAGGCGAAGUUUACCGGGGAGGGUUUUGCUGCAGCUUCGCCGUCGUCGUCGCCGUCGGUGUCCUCUGUUUCUUCCAGGAGGGAGAAGCAGGGGAGUUUCCCGGUGGGGAUGAGGGUGGUUUCUAAGCAUUUGGGUAAGAGAAGGUCGGCCGGUACGGUGGUUGGAGUUAAUUCUCCGGCGAACAGGAGUAAUGAUUCAGUGCAGCAGCAUGAUGAUGGGAUUCAAAGCGCCAUUCUUCACUGCAAGAGAUCCUUCAACUCCAGAGAAUGUUCAAUUGCUCUUUCUGCUGAUGGAUCAAUGAAAUCUGCUAGAAACUCAUUUGAGGAUGAAGUGUGAUGAUGAUGGUGAAGAAAGAAGCUACAUAGAGGAUGAGAAAAAGAAUUGAAUAGAGAAGUGUUUUUUGUAAUUUGUGUUCUUUUUGUAAAGGAAAAGGGAAAUGAGAGGGAGUUGUUUAGGCAUUGUGAUGAUUAGUGAGUCACAGUGUGAUAGGCUCCCCUGCUCUGGUCAGUGACAGUGUACAUUGAUGGGCCAUUAUGAAAAGAAUCAAGAUUUUCCUCUGAA